AUGGAUCUUUUCUGCUUUCUACUUCUACUGUUUAAUAAUGGAAUACAUUUUGUUUUGUCGGAAGAGAUUAUUGGCUGGCGCGACGAUUACGUGGAAUGGUGCAAAACUCCAAAGCCACAGGACUAUGAGGGAGCAGAUUUCUUUUGUCUCUCCUAUUUCUGGAAUUACAUAGAUGUGCGAGUAGAGCUUCAUUGUUUUGAGCCAUUGAUUAUCGUCUACAGAGAUUUUCUAUCACGGCCAGAAAUUGACGGAUUUGUGACUGAUAUCGAAAUAAAACAAGAAAAUGGAAAACGACACGAAUUGCUGACGGACGGAGUCAAAGCCGUGGCAUUUCGUCCGAAAGAAAUCACGAUGAGACAUCGUGAAGGCAAUGGAACGGCGGCCGUAUUCGAGAAGAUUCAAACAAUUAUCCCAGCUAUAAACUUUGCUGUUAGUGAACCGUGGCAGAUUCUCUCAUACGAGGCUGGAGAACACUAUGCACCACGCUAUGAUUUCCUCAAGAGCACAAAGGAUACAUUCACUCAACAAUUUGGAAACCGUUUUGCUACGUUCAUGGUUGUGUUAAUAAAAGCGAAAGCACUUGGACAUACAAUUUUUCCGGCUUACAAUAUCACGGUUGAAUUAGAAGAAGGUGAUGCUGUACUAUGGACAAACAUGAAUGGUGAAGGACAAAAGUCGGUGGCAAGUAUUCAUGGUGACUGUGCAGUUUUGUCUGGAAAAAAAGUGACCGCUUCUUUGCGAAUUCGUGCCAAAGAUCAGUACCUCAUCAAGACGUCAAUGUUUGCUGGAAUUUAUAACAUCGUUUCGCUAGCUCGUCCGCGAUUUGACAUUCGACGUCGCAUGGCUGGAGUCUGA